AUGUCUUCUUUAAAUUUUUGCAGUAGAUAUUUUUCUUCUCUUUGAACUUAACUUGAUUCAAAAUAACGACUUACUAGUUUGAUCUCGUUAAGCUUUUCACUGUUUUCAACUAAGUGAUAUUUAACUCUACAAGUUGUCAAAUACCACAUGGUCGUUACAUUUAACCACGGCAUUAUAAGUAUUUCAAAUAAAGGCUAUCAAUUGUCGGGUUACAGUAACUUUACCAUGUUGCGAUCAUUCUUCUCAGUUUAUACUGCUUACAUAUUACUAAAGUCUCAUCUUGUAACAUAUAACAACAUGGUGUUUGCUGUUCUUAUAAUUUCAUCAAUACACGUACCUCUUCUUCUCACCACAUCAGUACACGCCAACCUAACUUAAAAAAUUAAUAACGCACAUUUUUUUCCCGUUUUUUUUUUUUUUUUUUUUUUU